CGCCAGUGCUUCUGCGAAUGUGGGUGCUAUAGAGGCUGUAUUGUAUAUUAUCUUGGAUAUUCUACAUGGCUUUUGACAGACUGCAAUGAAUCGCUAUCGAAAUGCUCCCGGGAGAGGCCCGACGAAGGCUAGCCCCAGUACUCUUUGCCAAAAAUGCUUGAAACGAGGGCACUACAGUUAUGAAUGCACAGUAUCUGCGCAAGAGAGGCCAUAUAUCUCUCGUCCGUCGCGCACACAGCAAUUGCAGAACCCUAAACUUGUACCAAAACUCUCGAGUGAAGUCCCGAACGACCUUCUUCGAACAGAAGGAGUGGCAGAUGAAGUAUUGACGAAGCGUGAGGGGGAGCGAGGUCGAAAGACAGACCUUGAGGGCGAUCUGGCAGAUACCCGAAAGCAGAAGACGAACCGAAGAAGAUCGAGCUCGUCACAUUCCGUGAGCUCCGUGUCAACAAUAUCCACUAAUCGUUCGCCUUCUGCGUCUCCAGGUCGGCGCCGAAGUUAUGAUUCCAGUAGCACCCGUCGUCAAACCCGUUCACCGUCACCAGCCUAUGCAAAUUCGAGGAAACGGCGGUACUCUGGUUCAUCAUCGAGCGAUUCCGUUGCGUCUUAUUCAUCCGCAGAGCCUCCUCGUUCACGCUCCAGGGAGUGGGCGCGUGACAGAAAUACCAGAAGGAGACGCCGGGAAUCGAGUCCUGGGGAACGCGGCAGACCGAAAAUUUUCAGCCGAGACAGCCACCGGAGACAUAGAUCUCGCAGCAAGAGCAUGGACAGAAGCCGAAUUGCGAAGGAGAGACGAUCCGCAACACCGGAGAGAACUAGAGAACGCACCUACGAUAAGAGUUCCAUAAGGGACAGUACGAGUCCGCCAGGGAGCAGAGAACGACCUGCGCGCGGCCGAGGUAACGUAUCAACCCAGCCUCGAAAAGAACGCAGCCUGAGCCCUUACAGUAAGCGUCUCGCCCUAACUCAGGCUAUGAAUAUGGGACGGUAGACCCGCUGAGGAAUCUUUCAUAGCAUGUUUCUUUCGGUUCUGUAUGGGUUGUAAUAAUAUAGACGGGCGUAUUACCAUUAAUUUGAUGGAAAAAAAAUAACAUGUUCAUAUCCAUGAAUCAUUGUGUAGUGCGAAAGUAUAAUGAAAAAAAAGUCGUCUCCUCAACGCCUGCCUUCGCCCCAAAUGCGCCGGAAAUAUCAACUGUAUACGCCUGAAACGCGAGCUCAGAAGUCAUCGAACAGUAAACACGAAGGGGUACUGGUGGACUUUUUUUCUCUGCUGAUGGCUGAACCGAUACCUCAAACAUCCUCCUCUAUCUGCCUUCUUUCCUCCUCUUCCUCCCUCUCACGUACAUGAAUUCCCUCUACUAGCAUUUCCCCUUCAAUACCAACUUGCUCAUCUUGCUCCUCACCAUUCGACUUUGCUCCCUUCGCCUUGGCUGAACGCUGCGCAUUUUCUAUCCGUUGUCGUACUAGCCUUGCAAUCGCAUUUUCUGUUCGAACGUUGAGGAUUUUCAUCUUUUCAUCCAAAUCCCGUUUCAGAUCCCAGUUGGGUUUCUUGGGUUGCAGCUUGAACAAAUCAAUCGGCUGAUCUGCUUCCUCGUCUUUCUUCGCCUGUGCUGCAGUGGCUUGCGCGAUCUCAGCUGCUUGCAACUCCAGCGUUGUCUGCCCUUCUGUAGGUGCAGACUCAAAACCCAGUUUGGGACCUCGAGUUUCCGGGUCGUAAUUCCGUCCAGAUAAGUAAGUGGUGGUUAUGUCGGGGACUGCAUCUUCUAGCUCUUCGUCCUGGGCACGGAUUUCCGUUAAGGGCUCUGGCUCCGGUUGUUUUCUUUUUAAGGCUGCUAGCUUGGCAAGCCUCGCUUUGCGAUCUGUUGCCGCUGCAUCGAGGGAGGUGUGCGUCGUAGCCAUAUUUGCAAAUUCUGUGAACAAGAUAUUGGGGGUAUGCAAGUAGGUGAUUCGACCGGUUAAUAGGUAGAUAAAAUGACGUAGAGAACUAAAGGAAGAUGCUGUCCAAGUGUAGC